UGGUCUCAUCACAACAUCACCAGGGCGUUUUAGAAAGACACACAGUAGCAGAGACCCCCGAUCCAGAAACUGGUCCACCCUGAACAGGGCGACAGCUCCUUUCCAUGCAGAAGACAUGAAAUGUUGAUGUGGUAAAGAUGAACAAACCCAAAAUGGCCACAGAGAAAGGUGUCCCCAGUAACUCCAGGGUACUCAUGCUCCUGGGACAACUGGAGAGGAUGAAUGGAGAGGCCAUGGGGAGGGAUGCUGAGAUGGCACGUCAGGUCACUGCAAAGAUACUUCAUCUCAUACAGACACAAGAGAAGAGUGGAAAGGAAGUGAUGUCUAAAGGCUCCAGUGGUAUGGAGGUCAUCCUGGCUUCACUGGAGAAUACUCGGGAUGUCCAGACCACCCUGAACAUCCUGUACAUUCUUAGUGAGCUGAUGACUGUGGGCAGAGGUCGCAGGGUGGGAGUAUUUGUGUCCAAAGGAGGAACGGGAAUAUUAUUCCAGAUUCUCAUCACUGCCAGUAAAGAGUCGCCUCCCAGUGAGGAACUGAUGCUGCAGCUUCACUCACUGCUGGCGAAAGUUGGCCCGAAAGACAGAAAGUUUGGAGUGAAGGCGCGUUUGAGUGGGGCUCUGAACGUCACCGUCAACUUAGUAAAACAGAACCUACAAAAUGCCAAGCUGCUUCUGCCCUGUCUGCAGGUUCUCAGGGUUUACUCUACCAACUCGGUGAAUUCUAUUUCAAUGGGCAAGAAUGGAGUGGUGGAACUUAUGCUCAAGAUUGUUGCACCGUACAGCAAGAAGAACACCAGCCUACUCAAGGUAGCUCUGGACGCACUGGGAGCAUUGCUCAAAUCCAAAACUAACGCUCGCCGCGCUGUGGAUGGCGGCCAUGUGCCCGCCUUAUUAGCACUGUACCUGGAUUGGCAUCGUAAUGACACGCGACAUCGCCACAUGCUGAUUCGCAAAGGGCUGCUGGUCUGCCUCAGGAACAUCACCAACAUCAAGCUCGGCAGGAAAGCAUUCAUAGAGGCUGAUGGCAUGAGGAUCCUGUACAACUCAUCUACUGAGUGUCUCCCUGUGCGAACUCUGGAUCCUCUGGUCAACACUUCAAGUCUCAUCAUGAGGAAGUGUUUUCCUAAGAACCGUAUGCCUCUGCCCACCAUCAAAUCAGCCUUCCAUUACCAGCUGCCACAUGUUCCUGCAGUAGGACCUGUGGCACAACUGUAUAGCCAGCCUCCUGGGGUGGACGAUGUGGUGGAUGACAGUGACGAUAACGACGAGAUGGAAGCAGACACCGAGAAUGACACUGAGAAUGAAGAAGAUGAAAAAGACCAUUGCUCUGCGAAUGAUGACAUAGAGACGGACCUAAACAAGCUGCAUCCCAAAAAGAGCCCCAACCGUCCUUUUGAGGAGUUGAGGGUCUAUGAGAGAUUCUUCUUGGAGCUAUCUGAAGACUUCCAGGGGUAUCAUUUUGAAUGCUCCAAGAGUGCCUCCACCACAUCUUCAUCAUCAUCGUUCUCCUCAUCAUCAGCCUCAACUCGAUCCACUCGGCCAAUCAUAGUGCCCACAGCUCAAGCCCUGUCCCCAAAGCAUGUCCCCACACCAAGGUCUCAGGAGGAUUGCAACCCAACCAAAGGACAACAUGCACAGCCACCCACCUCUGCCCCUGCUCCUACUCCUACUCCCCCUGCUCCUCUAACGUCUCUACAACUGGACACCAUCCACCUCACCAAGGACCAAAACAAAAAAGAGGAGGCCCACAUUCCUUCUCCGGACACACAUUCAUCCUUGUCCUCCCUCAGCAGGCCUCCUCCUCAAGGGCAGAGAAUAGACCAGGAACUAGCACAUGUGUUGGAGUGUGUUUCUUUAGAAGGGGAGGGGCCUUUAAGUGCAGAAGAAGUAAAAGGUGUCAAACAGGAAGGAUCUCCAGUCAAUGCUACAAGACAUAUACAGUCUCCUCUGCUUUUGGGGGGUAUCGCAAACCGUCGUGUGGGAGGAGGAAGUAGUUCAGAUUGUGGUUCGGAGGGUCCUGAGGAUGAGGGAGGGGAAGGAGCAGUUUUGGAGGUACCAGACACGGCCCUGCUCCUCCCACUGCAUGACCCUGACCUUUAUGUGGAAAUGGUGAAGGGAACACACUCUGUGCCCCAGUACGCUGAAGUGGCAUACCCAGAUUACUUUGGACAUGUAGCCCCAACAUUUAGGGAACCCCUUCUUGAGAGAAUUUAUGGCGUACAGAGGUCUAAGAUAUUCCAGGAUAUUGAGAGGUUGAUUCACCCUAAUGAUAUCUUGGAUAAAGUAGUUUACGAUCUGGACAUUCCCAGUUGUCCUGUAAUUGAAGAUGAUGGUGAAUCACUGAAGUUCAACUCUCAGUUUGAGUCUGGCAAUCUCAGAAAGGCAGUUCAAGUUAGAAAAUAUGAAUAUGACCUUGUGCUGAAUUCAGACAUUAACAGUAAUCACUACCAUCAGUGGUUCUACUUUGAGGUGAGCGGCAUGCGUGUAGGAACAUCCUACAGGUUCAACAUUAUCAACUGUGAGAAGUCCAACAGCCAGUUCAACUACGGUAUGCAGGUGCUGAUGUACUCUGUGCAGGAGGCCAUCAGCGGCAGGCCUCGUUGGGUCAGAACAGGAACAGACAUCUGUUACUACAAGAACCAUUUUGCCAGGAGCUCCAUUGCAGCCGGUGGUCAGAAAGGGAAGUCCUAUUAUACACUGACCUUCAGUACAAACUUCAGCCAUAAGGAUGAUGUCUGCUACUUCGCCUAUCACUACCCAUAUACAUACUCUUCUCUAAAGAUGCACUUGUCUAAACUGGAGGCUCUGAGGACCCCUCAGAUCUACCUGAGACAGGACAUUUUAUGUGAAACUCUGGGGGGGAACAGCUGCCCCCUUCUGACCAUCACUGCCAUGCCAGAGUCCCACUCCAAUGAUCACAUCUGUCAGUUUAGGAAUCGUCCAUUGAUCUUCCUGUCGGCCAGAGUGCACCCUGGGGAGACCAACGCCAGCUGGGUAAUGAAGGGCACGCUGGAGUUCCUGAUGGGCACCAGCCCACUGGCAGCCAGCCUUAGAGAGUCCUACAUCUUCAAGAUAGUCCCCAUGCUCAACCCUGAUGGAGUUAUAAAUGGAAGUCAUCGUUGUUCUCUGAGUGGAGAGGAUUUGAAUCGGCAGUGGCAGAACCCCAAUCCUGAGCUCCAUCCUACCAUCUACCACACUAAGAGCCUGCUGCAGUACCUUGCACACAUACAAAGGGCACCACUGGUGUUCUGUGACUACCACGGUCAUUCCAGAAAGAAGAAUGUGUUCAUGUACGGCUGCAGCGUGAAGGAGACAGUCUGGCAGUCCAAUAUCAGUGCUACAUCCAGUGACCUACAGGAGGACCUUGGAUACAGGGCACUCCCUAAGAUCCUCUCCCAGAUCGCCCCAGCCUUCAGCAUGGCCAGCUGCAGUUUUGUUGUGGAGAGAUCCAAAGAGUCAACCGCCCGUGUUGUUGUUUGGAGAGAGAUUGGAGUACAACGCAGCUAUACAAUGGAGAGCACGCUCUGUGGCUGUGACCAGGGCAAAUAUAAGGGUCUUCAGAUAGGCACCAGAGAGCUCGAGGAGAUGGGAGCCCAGUUCUGUGUGGCCCUGCUGAGGCUGAAGAGGUUGACGGGGCUCCGCAACCAUCAACACCUGCUGGAUCUGGAGAGUGAUAUCAUCGGGACGCAUACUAAAGUCGCCAGCAGCUGCCCCACCACCUAUGUGAUGGAGGAGGACGAGCCGUCCUUUCUGGAAGCGAUAGAUUACAGCGCAGAGAGCAACGAUGAGGACGCUGAACCUGAGAACGAGCACAGCAGUGAAGUCCACGAGAAUCCCGAUCACCUCGAGCAUCUGUCUGACUCUGAGACAAAUCACAGGGACUAAUAGCAGAGGUGUUUAUCUCCUUCAUAUCAGGCAGUUUUAGCAAAUAGUCACCCAAUGCUUGGAUUGCUAGCUGAUCUUAAAUAAAAAAAACAUCAGAGGUGAAAUAGUUGACACUUAGAGCUUACACUUCUCACUCUGACUGGUCAGUUAAUAGCUUAGAGAUACUCCUGACACUAUUAUAUACACACUUAAUGAUGGUACAUAGCUUACAUGGCGCCAUUCAGGUGUUUUUUCCCAGAUGGAUUGAUUUUGUUGGCCCAUUUGUGUUGCUCUUGAAGGUGCAUACUCCACCUGCCUCCUUUCAGAAAUGAGCCUUCAGUAAGAAUCAGAUUAGAUUUCAAUGAAUGUUUUCACCUAAAAAUCACUGUCACAAAAUAACCUUCAUGGACUAUGAACUGUAACCCUUGACCUCAGACACCAUAUAGCCUCUGAGAAUCACAUAGCUAGCCAGAGCAGCAAACAGCAGGCACCGCUGAUCCUUAACUUGAACCCUCACGCACUUGCUCAUUUUUAACAGCUAUCUGACAAGGCUGUGGUAGUGUGUUUAGAGCUAGUGGCCUCUGUAGGUACUGUUUUCCCCAAUACUUUUUGGGGCCUGAGGGAAACUUGAUCUCCCCCAGUGUCCAACUUAGAGAUCUAACCAACCUGCCUUCAUAUUUCCUUUCUUCCCUUCCUUUAGUCUCAUCCUGCACUUUAACUUUUUACUCCUUUUGUUAAUUUGGACCUUUCCUGCCUCCUUUCGUCUUUCUUACAAGCCUAUAUAGUGGUGUCUAAAUAGGAUGCUGGGAUGACCAGACAUGGCCUUAUCUUAUAUCAGCUGUGGGGAAACAUCGGUCACCCAAAGUAUCCUAUGUAGUGUUCCCUCAGAUUUAACUACAUUUUAGUUCUAACUCUGUAACCCCUCUCUCUUCUGCCGUACUGCACACGGUCAGUUUGCCCACGUGCUGUUUGCCUUGCUUCAUCCAAAACUAUUUAUAUCACAUAAAUAUAGAAUGUCCACGUCUUUAUAAAGACAAAUCUUGAACACUGCAUGAAAUGCAGAUAUCACAUCAAAAAUGAACAGUUAGUCCAGUUUGAGUUCCUUGGGUCAUGUGCAGCAGUAAAACAAGAAGAUGGAAUGUAAAAUAUCCACACACACUGUCAGUGUUUUCAUUGUUUUUGAUGAUAGACAGUAUUAUAAUGUUAGCAAGUAUAGCAGUGAUGAACAAACAAAGCAUGAGCUGCAGAGAGCAGAAAAACAUUUUUUGCACUUUGGAUAUACACUAUACACACAAAACAAAGAGAAAAAUCACUUUAUGUCACAGUUUGCAAACCUCAACUUUAAUCACCUCAUUAGUUUUAAAGUUCUCAGAGCCCAGCCCAAAGCUGAUGGUGAUGUUGCUGUGAUGUUUUAGAAAAAAUUAUACUGGAAUUAUUAUAAUUUUUUUCCUUUUUAUUCUCCAGUCUGUGUGUACAUUUUGUGGAUUUGCUUAGGAGAGACCCAUGCAGAAAAAAAACAGAUGGUGCUUUGUAUUGAGAGUAACUGUUUUCUUUCUCUGGUUAUAGAGAUGGUACAUUUCUGGUGCAUUUGUACAGCUAGCGCAUGGCUUGUUUCUGUUGUUUUUAUUUUGUAAUUUAUUAAGUAUUAUUUCUGGGAUACGACCAGUAUGUAUGUAUAUGAGGCAAGUGUGUGUGUAUGUGUGUGUGUGUGUGUGUGCACGCGCACACACAAGUUUAAGUUAUUCCAUUAUUCAGCUCAGCUAAUGCUCUUACAGUGUGCUCCUUCUUUCAAAUUUGUUUAUCCCCUCUCACUCUCCUUCACUUUUCCCAAUCAUUUUUUCCCUCUUUCUCUUGGUUCUUCUUUCUUUUAAAUUUAACUCAUGAACAUCUUUCAAACCCAGGGAGGUCAUUGUUCUGGGCGCAUGUGUGUAAUGUAUGUGAAAUAAUGUAAUGCGAAGUUUGUGUGUGUGUGUCUGUGUGUGGUUGUAUCCAUGUUAGUCUAUAACAGUUAAUGUCAACACAAUGCUGGGCUACUUAUGUUUUAUUUUUGUUUGGGGGCAAACAAGCAGUGAUAGAAACAUGUUUUAAGUUGAUUGUAAUGCAGAGAAUUGAAGCUAAGAGUGACGCUAUAGGAAAUAAAAUGUGAAUGUGAUAAA